AUGGCCGGCGAGGCUGAACGCCACCCCUUUCUCCUCUCUAUCCAGGAUGUCGUGAACAACUUUGGAACAGAUAUGGAAAGGGGUCUGAGCUCGGCUCAGGUUGUCCAGCUACAGGAGAAGUAUCCCCCAAACGAGCUUGAUGUCGGAGGGGCUAUACCGUGGUAUAAGAUAUUCUUUCGACAACUCUUUAAUGCCAUGAUCUUGGUCCUCUUCUUCGCUAUGGCACUGAGUUUCAUCGUGAAUGACUAUGUGGAGGGUGGGGUACUGGCGGCUGUCAUUAUCCUCAACGUCUCGAUUGGGUUCUACCAAGAGUAUGGAGCAGAGAAGAAGAUGGAUGCCCUCAGGGCAUUAUCUUCGCCCAGUGCUACUGUCCUUCGUGAUGGCAAGUCUCAAGUCAUCCCCAAUGCUGAAGUCGUCCCCGGAGAGAUCGUAUCCCUCAAGAUGGGUGACACCAUCCCGGCCGAUGUCCGUCUCUUCGAAGUGAUGAACUUUAGCGCCGAUGAACAAUCCCUCACUGGCGAAUCCGUCCCCGUCGACAAGAUUCAGGAACCUCUCGAGGACGAGGAACUCGGCAUUGGCGACCGCCUCAAUAUCGCGUAUGGAACCACGGUUGUGCGAAAGGGACGUGGCCGCGGUAUCGUCAUCGCGACCGGCAUGAAGACAGAAGUCGGCAAGAUCGCCGCUUCAACGUCAAAAAAGAACCGCAAAGCCGGCCGGUCCAUGAACUACAAGAAAUAUGGCAAGCGACAAACCGUUGUCGGGUUGCUCAGGCGCAUCUACGACUUCUUUGGCAAGUUCUUAGGCUUGACUGAAGGAACGCCGCUUCAGCGAAAAUUGUCCAAGUUGGCGUAUAUGCUGUUUGGUUGUGCUCUUCUAUUGGCCGUUGUUGUGUUUGCUGUCAAUCGGUUCUCAGUACCCAAUGAAGUCAUUAUCUACGCAAUCAGCACUGGAAUUGCCAUCAUCCCCGAGUCGCUUGUUGCCGUGCUCACAAUCACCAUGGUUGUUGCGACCACCGUCAUGAGAAAGGCUAAUGUCGUCGUCCGAGACCUGUCCGCCCUGGAAGCUCUGGGUGGCGUGACUAACAUCUGCUCUGACAAGACUGGAACUCUGACCCAAGGUGCGAUGAUUGUGAAGAAGGCUUGGGUCCCCAAGAGGACCACCUACACUGUCCACGACUCCAAGGACCCCAAUGAUCCCACUGUCGGCAGGGUUACGUACCAUGCCGUGGACCCGAAUGGGACUCCAGCGGAACCUGAGAAGCGAGAUUUUGAUCAAGAACGUAGUGCCUCUGCACUCAAGUUUGAUGUCCCUGACGAGAAGUUCCACCCCAAGCCCAAGAAGCGAGACGAGGACGAGGCAACCAUGAACCCCGAACUGGAGGCCUUUCUCCUAACUGCUGCUCUUUGCAACCUCUCUACUGUCCGUCACGAGACCGAGGCCAACGCCGAUGGUCGCAAGUGGCAGACUACGGGCGAGCCGACCGAGAUUGCCCUCCAUGUCUUUGCCCACCGCUUCAACAAGGGUAAGAAGGCAAUCGAAGGCGAGGGAUGGAAGCAAAUUUCAGAAUUCCCCUUCGACAGUUCCAUCAAGCGCAUGUCGGUCGUCUACGACGGUCCGGGCCGAGACCACAGUAUGGUAUUUACCAAGGGUGCUGUCGAGCGAGUCAUUGAUCUUUGCACCACCGUCGGCAUUGGCGAAGAUGCCGAAGAUAUGACUGAAGUGUACAAGGAGCAGAUCCUCAAGCAGAUGGACGAAUUUGCGUCACAGGGCCAGCGUGUCCUCGCCCUCGCAUCGCGACCAUGGGAGGGUCGAUAUACUGAGAAGUCAUCGUCUGGGGACAUAGAGAGCGACGAAGCCCUCCGCCAGCGAGUUGAGACGGGACUUACACUCUUAGGCCUGGCUGGCAUUUACGAUCCGCCCCGUCGCGAGACCAAGCCUGCCAUUGCCGAGUGCUCUACCGCCGGCAUCAGAGUCCACAUGUUAACGGGAGACCACCCUGCGACUGCGACUGCUAUCGCCAAGGAGGUCGGCAUCAUCCCUCACAACCUCAGCACUCUGCCAGGAGAUGUUGCCAACGCUGUCAUCCAAAAGGCCACCGACUUCGACAAGCUUACUGAUGAUGAAAUCGACGCACUACCUGAAUUGCCCCUUGUCCUCGCACGUUGCGCCCCCGAUACUAAGUCGCGCAUGAUCGAAGCCCUUCGCCGCCGCAACGCCUUUAUGGCCAUGACGGGAGACGGUGUCAACGAUGCCCCUUCGUUGUCCCGCGCGGAUGUUGGUAUCGCCAUGGGAUCUGGUUCCGAUGUGGCCAAGUCGGCGUCCAAGAUUGUUUUGACGGACGACAAAUUUAAUUCCAUCGUGGCCGCCAUCCGCGAAGGCCGUCGCAUGUUCAACAACAUCCAGAAGUUCAUCCUGCAUUUGCUGAGUAGCAACGUUGGUGAGGUCAUUCUGUUGAUUGCCGGCCUAGGCUUUCGCGACCAAACCGGCUACUCCGUCUUCCCCAUAUCGCCCCUGGAAAUCCUGUGGAUCAACAUGUUGACUUCCUCUUUUCCCGCCUUCGGCCUCGGUAGAGAACAAGCCUCGCGUGAGGUGAUGCGCAAGCCGCCCCACGACAAGAAGCGCGGUGUCUUCACCAACCAGAUCCUGGUCGACAUGUUGGUCUAUGGUCUGCUUAUGGGUAUCCUAACGCUCAUGACCUUCGUCAUUGUCAUCCAUGGUGCCAACAAUGGCGAGCUAGGUAUCGACUGCAACCGCGCUUUCUCCCCGUCAUGCGAGCCCGUGUUCCGCGCCCGUGCCGCUGUCUUCGCUGAGUUGACCUGGCUCAUCCUUGUCAGCGCCUGGGAGUUCAAGGAUCUGCGCCGCUCCAUGUUCCGGCUCAACCCGGAUUCCACCUCCAAGUUCCCGCUAUUCCAGGACUUGUACGAAAAUAAAUUCUUGUUCUGGGCCGUUGUGCUCGGCGGCGUGUCCGUCUUUCCCACCGUCUACAUCCCCGUGCUCAACACGAGUGUCUUCAAGCACAUGGCUAUAUCGUGGGAGUGGAGCCUCGUCUUUGGUGCCACUAUUAUCUACAUCGCCGGUGUCGAGCUCUGGAAGAUGGCCAAGCGCGCUUUCGGCCUGCUUGAGGACGGCGCCGUCGUCAAGGGUGCAUUUAGUCAGGGUGACGAGGAGGAAGGCCACAGGUUCAAGUACACGAUGAGCUUCAACAGUUUGAAGAGUUGGAAGAGUUUGGGGCGGAAGGGGACCGGCGAGUCCAGGACUAUGUCUAGAGGUAAAGAGUAG